AAUGCAUAUUAAUUUUACAUGAAGCCUGAAAAUUGUUCAGAAAUGAGCAAAAGGUGGAGCCGGGCUGGUGUGCCGACUUGCGCUGAACAAUAAACACAAGAACCUCUCAGCUGGAAGUGAAAGAGAGUGUCUGUGUCUGUGGAAUACAUUUGGGAACCUGCUGAAAACAAGUCUUUCACCUUCAGGGUGGAUAUUGUUAUUAAUUUAGUCUUUGAUAUUAAUUUGUUUUGUGUCUAAUGGGUUUGUAAAUAAUAAUCAUGAUUAUAAAUAAGUAAAUAGUUCAGUUUGUUUUCACAGUUAAAAUGAUGCACAGGAUGCAAGUGUUUUGUUUCCCAUGGCUCCAGUUAAAGAUAUGGAUGCAGCAUGUAUUCUUGACUACCUCCUCCACUCUAGUGGCAUUAAUAAUGAACACAGACAAGCUUUAACUGGAUGCUGAUUUGCUAUUUCCAAAGGUAGGGGAAUAUGUGCAGCACACUCGUUUGUAGUUGCACCACCCUGAUGACAGAGUGGCCUCAGCUGCGCCAGUGGAGCUGCUUCUGAGGCUCCCACCUGGAGGAGAUAUGAGGGGGAGAGAGAGACAACACACGGCACCUAACACUGGGAUUAAUAAAAAACAUAAAUGCUUCUUUUAAUAGGUUCUCCGAGUCAAAGGAAAGCCAAUGAGCUGUCUAACUCCACAGCCCCAUGGUGCUGAUUGCAAGAGAACCCCACUGUACAAGCGAGCCCAGAUCCCGGUGGCAGAUUUCUGGGGUGUCAGAGGAGAAGGAGAAAUCAUCAAUGUGGACUGGCUCACCAUGUUUGCAGACUACAGGGUCCCUCAGGCUCUCGUCUACCUUGGAGAUGCUGAAGAAAGAAUAGAGACAUUUCCACAAACCUUUUUUAACAUCAAGAUACGAAGAAGAUUCCUCAUUAACUCUGAGUUUAUUUAAUAUAAUGGAGAAAGGAGAAGGAAAGGAUCAAGUCCCGGCAGUGAGAGCGAUGCUCACCGAGCGGCUCACGGCGGCGGAGGAGGAGAUCCUCGCGGGGCUUGAGGAAACCUUUGCAGAGUAUGAAGACAGAGAGGAGCGGUCCCAGCGGGAGAUCAGCCGCCAGAGGAGGCUGCUCGAUGACGUGAUGAAGGACAUAGUCCAGUUGCAAAGAGCAGUGUGUCUUGCAGUCCAGCAACAGAUUGUCAAUAAGGAAGAGGUUCCCCCUGAGCAGCAGCAGUGGAGCCCCCUUGUGGACCGGGAGCACCCAGAGCCCCCCCACAUUAAAGAGGAACAGGAUGAACCCUGGACCAAUCAGGAUGGUCAGCAGCUUCAAGGACUGGAGGAGGCUGAUAUCAAGUUCACAUUGACUCCUGUCGCUGUGAAGAGUGAAGAAGCUGAAGAGAAACUUCAAUCGUCAAACCUUCAUCCGAGUGAGAUGAAGGAGAACAGAGCUGACUGUGGAGAACCAGAACCAGCAAAGAACUCAGGUCCCUAUGGACUUUUACAACCAGGUACUGAGGACAAGUCUGAGGACUCUUCUGAGACUGAAGACGGUGAGGAUCAGAUGGAGACCAGGGAACCUCAGACUGGUUUAAAUGCAAGAUAUAACAAACAGCUUCUAAGUGAUAUUGGAUGUAAGACAGAAAAAAAAUUGUUUAGUUGCUCUGAGUGUGGUAAAAGAUUUAACCAAAGGGACAAUCUAAAUACACAUAUGAGGAUUCAUACAGGAGAGAAACCAUUUAGUUGCUCUGACUGUGGUAAAGGAUUUAAACAAAGGAGCAAACUAAAUACACAUAUGAGGAUUCAUACAGGAGAGAAGCCGUUUAGUUGCUCUGAGUGUGAUAAAGGAUUUAAACAAAGGAGCCAUCUAAAUACACAUAUGAGGAUUCAUACAGGAGAGAAGCCGUUUCAUUGCUCUGAGUGUGAUAAAGGAUUUCGCCAUAGGUGCAGUCUAAAGAAACAUAUGAGGAUUCAUACAUGAGAGAAACCCUUUGGUGUACAUUUCCUUGUACGACAAAGCUCUGGAGCAGUCACGUGUCCCAGCAGCUGAUUCACAACCGAGGCUUUCCAUUUACAAUAUGACAAACUGGUCCCUGCUCCACCAGUGCUGCAUCACACCACUGUCCCUGGUUUAACCUCCACUAUCCAAACCUCCAGCUUACAGUCGUUGCAAGGAUCCAAAGUGUAAAAUGUUCAUCUGUGUCCAGGGAGCUUUCUGCAUUGUCCUGGGAGCGUUUACACACGUGGAGCCAUCAGCUCCGAGCCUGUUUCCUUCUGCUGCAAUAAAUGGU